CUCUCCUUUUUUUUUUUAUCCCUGCCGCUGCUGCUCUGCCGCCGUGCCCACCACUUGCUGGCAGCGGGUUGACUUCGCAUCGCAUCCCAAUCCCAUCGCAGAAGAUCGGGCCUGCCGCCUGCGGGUAGAAGAGUCCCCCGCGCCGUCCCGUGCCGCGUCUCUGCAGACCGACGGCGGCCCCCCACCGGCCUGCGCGUCCGAAUACUCCUACACAUACGUAUACGCGUAUGGAGUAUAUAUGCGCGCGUGCGGGGGGAGGGCCCUGCUGGACUGUCAGUGCCAAAAGUCAACCCACCCCUUCCUCCUUCUCCAGUCCCCCGCAUACGGGCAGGAGAGGAGCAGCACGCACGCGUCCCCUCUGUGCUCGUCAAAGGCUCCAGCGCGGAGAGCCCGGUCGUGGUUCAUGCGCGGCGUGCUGCUGCGCAUGGCGGAGCACUUCAACGACUGGGACCUGCAGGCCGUCGUCAGGAGCUGCGGCAGCGUCGCCGCGCACCCGGACCCCGCGGCGCCGAGGGCGGAGCCAGACGCAGCGCCGCCGGAGCCGACGACGACCACGCCCGUGGCGGCGCCGCCGGAGCGUCCGCCCGGCGCGCGUGCCACGCCGCCGACGCCGGUGGCUGUGCCUGUGCCUGUGCCUGUCCGGGGACAGGAGCAGCGGGCGCCGCCGCCCGUGGCGGCCAAGGCCGCGGCGCUCCUGUACGACCUCGAGUACCUGGAUUUGGAUCACAAGCCGUUCCUGAUGCCGGUCGUCGCGCCGUCGCCGCGCGCGGGGGACAACGGGCGCGGCGAGCGCGAGGUGAUGAUCUCCUUCCCAGCGGGGGCCGCGUCCACGUCCGGGAUGCAGCAGAGGGCGUCGCCGCCAGGCCGGAAGCCAGGCGCGCGCACGCCGCGGCCGAAAAGAAGCAAGAAGAGCCAGCUGAAGAAGGUGGUGCGCGAGAUGCCGGUGGCCGACGGCGGCUCGUCGUCGUCGGACCCGUGGGCGUGGCGCAAGUAUGGCCAAAAGCCCAUCAAGGGCUCGCCUUAUCCACGGGGGUACUACAAGUGCAGCAGCAUGAAGGGGUGCAUGGCGCGGAAGCUGGUGGAGCGCAGCCCGGCCAAGCCCGGGGUCCUCAUCGUCACGUACAUGGCCGAGCACUGCCACCCCGUGCCCACGCAGCUCAACGCGCUCGCGGGCACUACUCGCCACAAGACGUCGUCGUCCGGCGCGGCCUCCUCUCCCAAGAGCCACGAGCAGGGCCAGGCGGUCGAGAAAGCGGCCGGCCGUGGCGCCGGCGACCGCGAGCAUGGUAACAACGAGACGUCGUCAUCAAUGGCCGGGGAGUUUGGCGGCGAGGAGAUAGCGGUAGCCAUCGACGACGACGAGUUCUGGCCUGCGGGGAUGGACCUGGACGAGCUCUUGGCGCCCGUGGACGACGACUUCGAUUUCGAGCACGUCGUGGAGGAGGAAGAUGGCGUGCUGGGACGGCGGCUCUCCCUCUAGGUCGGCGCCGUAACUUCAGAACCUUGAAUUGCAAUAGAGGACGAAAAGAUCUCGCCUCGAAGAGAAGCUAUGUAUAGGCGUCUUUUUUGUGCGCGUUUCUGACAAACAGGAUCCCGAAAACUAACGGGCUCAAUUUCCGUUGUACUUGCGUAAUCUCCGAGAAGUCGGUGCGCAUUGAUUUUUGUACUCCUAAAAUUCAGGCGCACCUUGGCUGUACCGAGCACAUGGACCAGGCAACAGACCUGGAACCAAGUAAAACGCCGACACAUUAAUACCAUAUCCCAUAGAUUCAAUUCAUCCACCACAGACGCAAAUGCGACUAUUCCAACGGUAAACCAAUGUAACAUAAGUCACUGCAGAGUACUAUAUUCAGUUGUGAAGAUCACAAUAUGGCUUUGCUAACAAGAAAAACAUCUUUAGACCAAAAAGAAUAGGCAUUCCACAGAUUAUAGUUUUACUGUCUUUGUUACCACAGAUGUUGAUACCACAGAAUAGCAUACCAUGAUAUGUCCAUCAAAAA